AUGGCUGGGCAGAUGGAGACGGAAAAUUUCUUGCCCGGCACGGUGCGUUACUUCCAGGUCAUCGACGGCGUCCUGCACGACGAGGAAAUCAUCCUCAACCCCAAGCCGACCAACUCGCCCAACGACCCUCUGAACUGGUCGCCAUGGCGCAAGUACUGGCACGCGGCGCUUGUGCUCUUCAUCACCGGCUUCACCGCCGCCACGUCUAACGAUGCGGGUGCGGCGGGCGACGGCCAGCUCAAGGAUCUGGACAUUUCCUACGCCGUUGAAAAUACGGCAGCCGGCGUGCUCUUCAUCGGCAUUGGCUACUGGACCCUUCUGGCCUCUCCGAUGCCCUGGCUCUGGGGUCGUCGAGUCCAAUACCUCAUCUGUCUCAUGUUUUCCCUGAUUGGCGCCAUCUGGUUCGCCAAUGUUCAAAACGUCCAGGACUCCAUUUGGAACCAGCUGUUCGUGGGCGCGUCGGAGAGCUGUGCUGAAGCAUUGGUCCAGCUCUCCCUGUCCGAUCUGUUCUUCCAGCACCAGCGCGGCCUGACCCUCGGCCUGUACGUCCUCGCCACCUCCGUCGGUACCUUUCUCGGCCCUCUUUUCGCAGGCCUCAUCGCGAAUCGGAGCUGGAGAUGGGUCGGGUGGGUUGCCGCCAUCAUCACGAGCGUCACCAUCAUUGUCACCUUCUUUGGCUUGGAGGAGACGAUGUUCUAUCGUGACCAUUACAUCGGCGAAGCCCCGGGUCUAGCACCGGCCGUGGAGACCUCGAUCUCGCCUUCGGAUGACGAGAAAAAGAUCCACAACGAGAACCCCGAAUUCAAGGUCGAGCCAUCUGUUUCAGGCAGUGACACAGGCUCCCCAGCCGACCGCAAGAGGACGUACUGGCAGCGAAUCCAAAUCAUCACCCCAGCUCCUUCUAUGGUUGGCACUGGCAUCAAGCAGUACUUUGGCCGACUGUGGCAUCUGAUGAGAAUCUUCACCUUCCCGGCUGUCAUCUUCGCGGGGCUGCAAUGGGGCGGUCAGGAUGCGUGGUUGACGUUCUACCUCACAAUCGAAGAGGAUAAUUACUACGAUGCUCCAUGGAACUACGGCAACAACGCGGUCGCCAUCUUGAACAUUCCCACGCUCAUCGGCGCAGUCAUUGGCUGUAUCUACGGCGGUUGGUUUUCCGAUGUCUUCGUUCGAUGGAUGGCGAAGAGACGAGGCGGCAUCUCCGAGGCCGAAGACCGACUAUGGCUUCUCUACCCUUCCGCCAUCCUCAAUCCAGCAGGCCUGAUGCUAUUCGGCAUCGGUUCGGGGGAUGGCUGGCAGUGGUCCAAAGGUAAUCCCGGCGCAUACAUUGGGCUGGGUCUCAUCGGCUUCGGGUGGGGCUGCGCUGGCGAUUUGUCCAUGGCAUAUCUGAUGGAUGCCUAUCCCGACACAAUUUUGGAGGGAAUGGUAGGCGUUGCUGUCAUCAACAAUACCCUGGCAAUGAUUUUCACCUUCACUUGCAGCCUUUGGUUGGCAGCAGACGGCGUGGGCCCGACCUUCAUCGCGAUUGGAGUGAUCGACUUCUUCAUUCAGGCCUUGACAAUCCCCAUGCAAAUCUGGGGCAAGUCGUUCCGCCGGCGCACCCUUGAACGCUAUCGACAUUUUGUGGAGGUGCGGGAUGCAGAAAGUUAA